UCGGGGGGGGGGCGGCGCCUGCUCCUGCGCUGGGCCCGUCGGCGCCGCGGCUGCUGCAGAGUCUCCGCCGCGCCAGCCGCCGCCCCCCGGGCUCGGCGGGACCAUGGCCGCGGACGAGCUGGCCGGGAAGCUGAGCCGCCGGCUGCAGCUCGAGGAGGGCGGCGGGCCCGAGGGGCAGGACGGGGAGGCGGCCGCGCCCGAGCCCGACGGCCCGGGGCCCCUGGGCGGCGAGCUGAGCGCCCGGCGGCAGCGGCGCCCGGAGCUGAGCCAGGGCGGCGGGGAGCCCUCGCCCGGCGGCGGCCGCAAGCUCUUGAACCCCUGCCCCGAGUUCCGCGAGUUCUCCCGCCGGCAGAUCCGCGACAUGGAGCGUCUCUUCCGGCAGUAUGACACGGGGAAAGAUGGCUUCAUUGACCUGAUGGAAUUGAAGCUAAUGAUGGAAAAACUAGGAGCAUCACAAACGCACCUUGGACUGAAAAAUAUGAUCAAAGAAGUUGACGAAGAUUUUGAUGGCAAGCUUAGCUUCCGGGAGUUUCUCCUGAUUUUCCGCAAAGCCGCGGCGGGCGAAUUGCAGGAGGACAGCGGGCUUCACGCCUUAGCACGGCUCUCGGAGAUCGACGUCUCCACGGAGGGUGUGAAAGGAGCCAAAAGCUUCUUCGAGGCCAAAGUCCAAGCUGUUAAUGAGGCCAGCCGCUUUGAAGAGGAGAUCAAAGCCGAGCAGGAGGAGAAGAAAAAGCAGGCGGAGGAGAUGAAACAGAGGAAAGCCGCCUUUAAGGAACUACAGUCCGCGUUCAAGCAAUGAUCAGAGGUUGGCGGGGGGGGGGGGGGGGUGGCAGCAGCCCUGGAAAGGAAUUCCACGGUACAGAGUGCCAAGGAGGUGCUGAGCAAACUGCUGUCUGGGAAAUAUCCGGAAUGAUUUGUCUAAGUGAUGGUUGAAUGGACCAAUUUAUAAAAAACAUUUUUUGUCUGUGAAUCCAGAGUUGUGGGGACAUCUUCAGGGACAGGCUGCUGAUGGUUUUGUUUAUCAUCCUGUUGUCUUGCAAUGUAAAUAUGGCAAGUGAAGACCUGGUAAGCUGUUUCCCAUUGGUCUGUUAGCUGUUCUGUGACGAUGUGCGUCUGUAAAUUGGUGGGGGUGUAACUCUGCUUUUAAAAAAACAAAAAACAAAAAAAAUUUUCUGUGGGUUCUGAACUCGUGUGUGUUCUCUAGCUGUGAACCAUUUUGUAAACCAAACCGUAUGAUAAGCACUGUGGCUAUGCCCCCGGCACUGAAUGUACUGCACUUUGGACUAGCAUCUCCUGCUUGUGCAGAAGUGCCUCAGGCAGCUGUUAGUGCACGCGGUCUUCUGGAAACAGUCUACACUUAAUGCUUUAAAUCAGUCCCUUUAAAGGCCCGUAGCUGAAACCGUUCCAAAAAUCAUGUGGGGGAAAGCCCACAUUAAGGCAGCAUGGUCAGUCAACUGAAUGUGGGAUGAGGAGUUGGGGACACUGAGUUCCAGUCCUGCCUCUGGCACUGAUUCACUGUGUGGCCUUGGAUGAGUUGCUUGAAACUUUUUGUGCCCAUACAAUGAGGACAAGGCCACCUCCCUUCACCGGGGGUGCGGACGAGAAGGUGGAUUUUGAGCAGGGCUUGCCUCUCUGUGAGAUGCUAAGCACCACAGACUGGUCCUAAAUGGUUGCAUACACUAACGGCUCAACUUUACAAUCUGGACAAUUCCCUGAGCUGCCUUUGAUGGCAGUGGGAGUUAAGGACUCACAGCACCUCCAGGAGUUACUUGGCAUAUUGCUGACUUGAGACCCAAGUGCUGUGUUUCAUGACAAAGCUCUGCCUCUCUCUGCAUUCCCUCUUGAUAAACACUUAGUACCGAGGUGUUAGGGAAAAGGACACAUCCUAGUUCUGGAAGAUGCAGCUAGCGCUAGCAUAAUCCUGUGUAUGUCACUUGAAUUGGUUUGUAGACAGUGUUCCCUGUGCAGAAAGAGCCAUGGUGGGAGAAAAAACGCAGGGGAUUUCUCAGUAUCAGGCUUAAAUAUUUUGGUCACCUGCAAAAAAUUAGGGGAAAGCCACAGGCAUGCUGGGGAAACUUGCUGAAUAUAGCUACGGCUCUUUAACAACCAAUAAACAUUCAGGCUGGAAAAACACCUCUCUGAAAAAUGCUUUUAUAUGUCUUUUGCAUGCACUGUGAUCUUUAAAAGAAAGGGACAAACUCUAAUCACCGUUGUUCAGUCCUUUCAGGUUUUGUAACGAAACCGUACACAUAACUAAUGUCUCUAACUGCAUUUAUGAUGAGGUCAACUGGAAUACACAGAAACCUCCAUUGCACUAAGAGGUGUUUGUAAUGAAAACCAAUAGAAUUGUUUUGUGCCUGCCUGUAAGCAUGGAAAGCCCAAACUAACCUUUAAUGUCAUCGUCCAGAUGAGGAAGUGAAGUGUGAGAACAGAAGACUUGACAUUUAAGUGUUGAUGUUUACUGAAAAAAAUGUUUUAAAAAUCCUUGCCACUGGUAUGCAAAAUUCAGAUUGUCAUGUUCAUCCUGAAAAAUUAGUUGCUUGAUUGCUUUUAGACCAACCUGGUGUUUUGGUAAAAGAUUUUAAGAAGAAACCCAUUGGUGGAUUUAGAGGCUCUAUUAUUUUUCAUACGGUUAUCUGCUAAAAGAUUAUAUUCGUUUCUUCCAUUCUUUUACUGCUUUUCUUUAGCAAAUGUUUAUACAGAUGAAUUUAAAAGUUGUUGCUUUUAUUUUUUCCUUCAAAAGCUCCUUCCAUUUAGUGGUCUGAUUAUUUUUUGUAACUAAACUAAAAUAAAACCUAUAUUUCUUA